AUGGCCACUGUAGCCUCAUCGCAGCGUACACGCAAGCCCGCAGCAACUCCUGGCGCGAUCCAUCGAGAGAUGUCUCCUUCUCCCAACAGCAUCGCUCACGGCAAACCUAGAACUUUGAAAGCAAACUCGAUGCCUGUAGUUCCCAGUGUCAUGCAGAUAUUCGGAAGCUCGCCUCCUCGUCAACUUCCGUCUCCACCACAACAAGAGCGACUGACACCGCCUCAUCAUCCCCGGCCAGUCCCUCAUCAGCCACUUCCUGAGUUUCUGACGACACUGGACGUCGAAAACUGGCAGAUGACACCAGAACUCAUGGCCGACAUCGAACGCGCUGAUCAGGCAGCCCACUACCAGCAACGCGAAUCACCCCCCAAAGCUGAUCCUGCGGUUGAAAGAGUUCGUGCUACCACUGAGCGAGUCAGCCCCAAAAAUGACAUUCAACGGCGGCCAUCGCUUCGGGAAAGUCCCAAAACUCGUCCACCCAUCUCUCCAACAACUUCUUCAUUCGCAUCCCGCCCGACGGAGGACUAUCUCUCAUAUCAAACCCAGGAACACGGCUCUCCUUCUCAGAUCCAGUCAGCGCGUCGCGCCAUUUCCUCUGAAGCGCGUACACAGCUUCUUGCGGUUAAUACACACGGACAAACACCCCCACUUCAAGCCAUGACUGUCAGUUCACGCACUCCAGACCGGUCGUUACCCGUUCAGGAAGAGCAGGAAGAUGAUGUUGAUGCAUCACGCCACUACGAGGCCCGUCGUAGCCAAGAGUCAUUGAGCUCACCCACUCCUUCUUCCGAUCUCAAUCCAGACGGUGUUCGAAAUAACGAGUAUGAACUCAGCCGCAGUGUUGCUCCCGAGGAAGAGGGCGGUCAUACUCCGCGAUCGCCUCAAUCUGGUCUUCCACCAGACCAUGCUAUCGAGUCAGAGCGAUAUCCACGCUCACCUUACACCAACGCUACGAUCAGAGCCCGAACGCGUAACGGAUCGACGGAUCAGUUAGGCCUACAGAGUCUUGACCCCGCCAUGUUUGCGGACAAUAAUGACCGGCCGCCGCCCCAGUAUGUCGAGCAACGACGGCAGGAAUAUCCUCCCGUUCAAAGAAACCUUGACUCACGUGGAAAUGCCAGUUCUCAGCCCGUUUAUAUGCAUCCAGAAGACUUGCAGCAUUAUUUGGACCACCCGUCUUACUUUAAUUCGCCCCGUCCGAACGCACCUAUACCCCCAACUCCCCAUAGUCAAACCGCCGCACCUUCGCCGUCUCCCUUGAGACAUUCAGCUACCUACGACGACCAACAAAAAGAUUAUCAGCCAUAUAGCCCGGUAGUUCCUGCUGGCUCACCAUAUCCAUACCCCUUCAAUCACGUUCGACGGAAUCAUUCUUAUCCUUAUUCUUCACGACAACAACCAGCAUAUGAUGCGGUCAACAUCCAAGAACAAAUCCAAGAGCAAUUGAUGCGUCAAUGGCAGGUUUAUGCGCAAAACCUAGCUGGUGGUCAUGUCUCUGAUUCAACGGCAUUCUCGCCAGCAUCGACGCCGUUCCAAGGGUAUAACCCUUGGGCCUUCCUUCAUGCUAAUCGUACUCUCGGAGGAGGUUUGGGAGCGAAUUCCAACGGGGCGAGAGUCGCAUCAGACCUGCGAAGUAUGCAGUCCAGCCCAAGUCACGAACCGGUAGCAUCACAUAUACCAGCCUCGAUUGGAUUGCGGAAGAAAGAGAAGAAUGAUGACAUGGAGUACAGACCCGGUCUACCUCGCAGAACUUCGUUGCGAAAACCUCCACCUCGGGUAGAAAGUACUCAGCCCCGUUCCACACCAGAACCAGACCAAGAUGAAGAGUCCUCUGGAGAGGAAACUGCUGGCGAGCCUGAAGAUUCGGUGCAACAACAUCAACGAUUUUCCAUUGCUGAGGAAGGUAGCUGGGUCGGUGUUCCCGUCUUUGACCCUGCUGCCGAUUCAGAUUGGGUCGAUGAGGAUGACGAAGGCGAUGGAGAAGAUCUUCUGGAGCUGGAAUAUCAUCCUAGCUAUGUGUCAAACAUCGAGAAGCGGCGUAGACGGUGGGAGUCCAAAUGGGAAGCUUUAGUUCAUGCAUUCAAUGCUCUUGAUCGGCAGACGGACGCAACACUCGUAUUGCUGGCAAACCCGUCUCACACUACCCAAUUACAUUCCCUUACUUCUCGGUCCAUCAAACGCAAUCCGGCUGUUGGCCACUCGCCCGCAAUGAGAGACUUACGUGUUGGGUUCAGGAAUAUAGCAGCACAACGGAGAGCGACGCGAUCACACCAAUCGUCACUCGCUGAUCGGUUCAUGACCUCGUCCAACGCAUCCGGCGAGGGCUCAGAUGCAUCAAUGCGUGAAGAAGACCUGAAGCGAGCCUUGGGAACUGCCUUGGGUAGUUUGAGUACGUUGAAAGGAAUCUAUGAGCAAAGAGAGGCUCGAUGGGUAGAGGAAAUGCGGAGAAUUCGUGAUGACAGAGAACGCGUCGAGUUGCUGGUCAAGCAGGUUCUUGGCGACGACGAAAUCACCGGACGCGCUAUGUAG